GCUAAUUCCUGUGAAAGUAAAGUGCUUCAGGUGUCUAUUUCCUAUUAUUCCCCUUGUUCUCACCUCCUUUCUCAUCUAUGCUUUUCUCUUUAAUUAUUUUUUUUCUCUUAUGGUUUUAUUUCCUUGAUCAGCAACUUUGGCCAUACUCUGCCCACCACGCCAAUCUAUGCUAUAACAUCCUUUUAAUCUUCCAUCGCUAUUUGAGUCACCCUAUGCCUGGCUAUCACAUACAUCCGCCUAAGGUGAGGGGCUACCAGAGGAGAGAGGAGAGGAGCUAUAUGAAUCAUCACAUUACGUGAUUGUAGUGCCUCGCCUCAUGCGCCACAUGAUCUUACAACCAUUUCCUUGUUAAUCGGUGGCUAAUUGGUUCUCUUGCCUUGCUAUUGCUUUUUGUGACUAGCAGUAGCUUCCUCACGUUUUCCCUUUCCUCUCUUUCUUUUUGGAUUUUGGGAGCACAUCUCUACAUGUUUUGGUUCUUCUCAAUUGUACACAUGCCAACCUUUCAUUCUCAAUAGUCAUUGCACAUACCAUAUACCCAUUGCCCAAUUUGCCAUACCCACUGGUAUCCACACUCUUACCUAUGUGAUGGUUUUAGGCUGCAUGGUUAUUGUUCAGACUAGUGUGAAUGUCCCAAUUUUAAUAAUGCUAGUUUGAUUGUUGUACCUUGUUGUUUGGGAUUCCCCCAAAUCUCGUUUUAAGAGGCAAUGCGUUGAAUAUGUAGGAUCCACAAAAAAAUAAGAGAGCUUUAUUAUUCCCGCUACAAAUUAGUACAUACAAAUUUCUCCACUAGUCACGUACCUCAAGAAAGCAUACAAAAGGAACUCACCCCCACCAAAAGAAAGAAGGAAAUUCGAUAUAUAGAGAGAGAGAGAGAGAGAGCAGAAGGCUCAAGCCGGGGGACAUUCCCCAUAUAUUACGUACGAUUAGCACACGAAGCGUCUCACAACAACGUUUUAAAGAGGCCCAAACGCAAGAGGGCAGCGGGACAGCCACGCAAACACAGCACAGCUUCCUUUCUCAAUUUGUUCCUUUUUCUGAAUUAGGGUUAGCUUUUACGAAUUCGGACCCAUGGCUACACCGACACCAAAUCCACCGUCAGAGACGCUAUCGGAGCAAAGCGAUCCCAAGCCAGCGUUGAGGAAGCCCGAAUUCAAGAAGGUCGAUCAGUUGAAGCCCGGUACUGGCGGACACACUCUCACCGUCAAGGUCCUCACCUCCAACACUGUCUUGGCGAAGGGCCGGUCCGUCUCUCAGCAUCUUCGCCAGACCCGUAUCGCCGAGUGCCUCGUUGGAGACGAGACGGGCGCGAUCGUCUUCACCGCCCGCAACGAGCAAGUGGAUCUGAUGCAGCCUGGUGCAACAGUUAUUAUCCGUAAUGCAAAGAUUGACAUGUUUAAGGGAUCAAUGAGGCUAGCAGUAGACAAAUGGGGUCGUGUCGAGAUCACCGAGCCUGCAAAUUUCACAGUCAAGGAGGAUAACAAUCUAUCUCUAAUUGAAUAUGAGCUGGUGAAUGUUGUGGAGGAAUGACUGGGAUCAUUUGGCAGAUAAUAUAUUGAGAUAAGAGUAGGGGCAGAGUUUUCAAGGUUGUGAUUAUCUGUUCUAAUUUCUGGUAAAUGUGGUUCUAUCUUAUCAAUUGGAAUAUGUAGCUUGGUGUUGGUUUACAGAUGUCUUCCUGAACUGGUGUUCUUUUCUUCUAAUAUGACUACCAUGACAAGUAGGGCUUUGUUAGGUACUGGCAGGGACAGCUCAGGCCUUGCCUAAGCUAGAAAUAUGAACAACUUCAAUGAUUAAUUAUCUUCUUUUGGUCA